AUAGGGCUCUCCUUAAAACAAAGAUUAACCCGAGAAGCAGGGACAGGAGUAUAUAAGGGCAGCCUUUUUUGGAUUGACAGAGUUAGAGAGAGAGUUAGAGUUAGUUAGUUUGUUAGUGAGUCGUUGGACGAAUUGCCGAUUGAGUUAUCGGGAAGUUACCCGAAUCGAGUAGCACGUUGGUACAUGUCCCUCCCGUGACCGUGGCUACGUCCGGUGACCUGCCAUGUCACUUCGAGCCCAAACCCAUCGUCAUAAAGUCAGAUUGGAACAUUAAGACUAUUUCUUAUUUUUAUUACUUAAGGGCAGCUAUAGUAAAAGUCUGGACUAGUGUAUUGGGGUUUGUCCCAACAUUCCGGACGGGAAAUCCCGCUGUCUUUCCUUCUCCGACAUACAUAUAUUGUAUAUAUAUAAUCUAAUCUCAAUUUGAACAAAAUUACUCUCCAUACUGCUAUCAUUGUAUCUUUUAGUGUGAUUUAUUAUGCUUUUUACGUUAUGGUUUAUAAAUUUAAUCGUUUGGUGUACAGCUCAGAAACAAAAUUUUCUUUUAAUAAUCGUCGAUGAUUUAAGAACUGCUUUAGGAUGUUAUGGUGACGCUAAAGCGUAUACGCCAAAUAUAGAUCGCUUAGCGACAGGAGCUGCCAUUUUUUCUCAAGCAUUUGCUCAGCAAGCAUUGUGUGCACCAAGUAGGAAUUCAUUUUUAACAAGCCGAAGACCAGAUACACUUCAUCUUUAUGAUUUCUAUAGCUACUGGCGAAAAGAUAUUGGCAACUUUACAACAUUGCCCCAACACCUAAAAAAUAAUGGUUAUAUUACUAAAUCAGUGGGAAAAGUUUUUCAUCCAGGAAUUAGUUCAAAUAAUUCUGAUGAUAGCCCUUAUUCAUGGUCAGAAACUCCCUUUCAUCCAUUUACAGAAAGAUAUAAAGAUGCUCCAAUGUGUCAAACGAAUAUGCAGAUGUUGCCUGCACAAAAUCUUGUAAUAUUUUUAUGUCCAGUUAAAGUUUCAUCAAUGCCAAAUAAAACAUUACCAGAUAUAGAAAUAUUGAGGGAAGCUAAAACUUUUCUAUCUAAUCAAGCAGGAAAUAGUAGUCCUUUUUUUUUAGCAGUUGGAUUUCAGAAACCACACAUACCAUUUAAAUAUCCAAAAAAAUAUUUAAAAAACCACCCCUUGCACAAAUUUGAAGUACCUAAACCUUACAAAUGGUCAAAUAAUGUUAGUAGUAUUGCUUAUAAUCCUUGGAAUGAUUUAAGAAAAAGGGAAGAUGUUGCUGCUUUGAAUCUUAAAUUUCCAUGGGAAAAAAUACCAAAAAGUUUUGCUCGGUUAAUUAUUCAAUCAUAUUAUGCAUCUGUAACAUAUAUUGAUGAUUUAAUUGGUACAUUAAUAAAUCAUUUGGAAAGGUUGUCAAUUCGAGGAGAUACUACUAUUAUAUUAAUGUCUGACCAUGGCUGGUCACUAGGAGAGCAUGCGGUAUGGGCAAAAUAUAGCAACUAUGAUGUUGCUUUAAAAGUACCAUUGAUAGUAUCAAUACCUGGGCUUACAUAUGAAAAACUAAAAGAAAAUACGAACGUAAAUAAUUCGUCAAAAGGGAAUCAGAUAUUUAUAGAUUCAAUAGUAGAAUUAGUUGAUAUUUUUCCAACAAUUGCAGAUUUAGCAAAUAUCUCAAUACCUAUUUGUUCAAAUGAAAGUAUGCAAAUUACCUGCAGCGAAGGAAUUACUUUUAUACCACUUAUAAGAGCUGCUUUAAAAGACAAGGUAAUAUUAUGGAAAAAGGCGGCAUUUGCACAAUAUCCAAGACCAAGCAUUGAACCUUCGAUACAUCCAAAUAGUGAUGAACCACGUUUAAAAGAGAUUAAAGCAAUGGGGUAUACUCUAAGGACAAAUACAUAUCGUUAUAUAGCAUGGUUAUCAUUUAAUCCUGAAACUAUGUCACCAAAUUGGAACAAUAUCAUUGCAGAGGAAUUGUAUGAUUAUAGUUAUGACAAGGGUGAAAACCAAAAUGUAGCAUUUCUUGAAGAAUAUGCCAAAUUAAAGGAAAAAUUAAAAAUUUUAUUGCAACAUGGUUGGAGAAAUAUUUUAUCAGCUAAAUCUAAUUUUUAAAUUAUAAUUAUACUUGUUUAAUUAAUUUAUUAUCACUUUACAUACAUUUGCAACUUUAAAUCAAAUAAACUUCGUAUUUUUAUACAUAAUUGCAAGCAAUAUGAAAUUUACUUAUUUGUUUAAUAUAAAUUUAUCAUUAAAUUAAUGUUAAAUAAAUUAUAUAAUUCAUUAAUACUCUAUUUAAGUAAUCUAAGUCAGUAUAAAAGUUUUAUGGUUAGUAUAAAUAUACAGUUUAUAAACACAUAUUUGUCUGUAUAUAUAUAGUGAAAAGUUUAUCAAAUAAAAAAUGCCAAUGUUCAAGUAAUAAUUUUAUGCUAAUUACUUAUAGCAACAAUAUUAUUCACUUUCAUCAAUACUGAUACUACCAUAAUACAAGUAUAACAUACUAAAAAUGUAGAUGAAAGUAUAAGCGCUUAAUAUAUUGAAGCAUUUUUACAUUAUAUAAAACAAUAUAAAACUUUACAUUGUAUAAUUUUAUUCAUUCCUCUUGAUUUUUAUUUUUGUUAUUUACUGUGGUUGAUAUUACCUGAAAUUGUAUCAAGUAAAUUUUACAUUUAAUAAAUAUUUAACUUUAA